GCUAUUAGUCGUCAUCGACGGAAGUGCACCUGACUGAGCGGAAGCAGGAGCUCUCAGAGGCUAAGAAGGUGGAGACCGGAGAAGCUGUGAGGUUCUUUAGCGUCACCUCCCUCACUGGGCAGCAUGGGGGAGAAGUCAGAGAACGGUAGGGUUCCAGAGGAUCUGUUAAAUGGUUUGAAGGUUACAGAUACUCAGGAAGCCGAGUGUGCUGGCCCUCCAGUUCCUGAUCCCAAAAAUCAGCAUUCCCAGAGUAAGCUGCUCAGGGAUGAUGAGGCCCAUCUCCAGGAGGACCAGGGAGAAGAGGAGUGUUUUCAUGACUGCAGUGCCUCAUUUGAAGAGGAGCCAGGAGCGGAUAAGGUUGAGAACAAAUCUAAUGAAGAUGUGAAUUCCUCUGAACUAGAUGAAGAAUACCUAGUAGAACUGGAAAAAAACAUGUCAGAUGAAGAGAAACAGAAAAGAAGAGAAGAGAGCACUAGACUAAAGGAGGAGGGAAAUGAACAGUUUAAGAAAGGAGAUUAUAUAGAAGCUGAAAGUUCUUAUAGUCGAGCCCUUGAAAUGUGCCCAUCCUGCUUCCAAAAAGAGAGGUCGAUUCUAUUUUCAAAUAGAGCUGCAGCAAGGAUGAAACAGGACAAGAAAGAAAUGGCCAUCAAUGACUGCAGCAAAGCAAUUCAGUUGAACCCCAGCUAUAUCAGGGCAAUAUUGAGGAGAGCAGAGUUGUAUGAGAAGACGGACAAGCUAGAUGAAGCCCUGGAAGACUAUAAAUCUAUAUUAGAAAAAGAUCCAUCAAUACAUCAAGCAAGAGAAGCUUGUAUGAGAUUACCUAAGCAAAUUGAAGAACGUAAUGAAAGACUAAAAGAAGAGAUGUUAGGUAAAUUAAAAGAUCUUGGGAACUUGGUUCUCCGACCUUUUGGGCUCUCUACGGAAAAUUUCCAGAUCAAACAGGAUUCCUCUACUGGCUCGUACUCCAUCAAUUUUGUUCAAAAUCCAAAUAAUAACAGAUAACAAAGAUAACAAUAGCUUUACAAGCUGACUUGGAAUUGUGUGCUGCUUGCUGUUAGCUAGGGGAAAGGCCCUGCCAAUGUUUAACUUUUAAAAGCAUCUUAUCUAAAAGAAAGGCUAUCCAGUAGAGCCCAGUGCUCCCUUUUCCCUCUUUUAUGAUCAGGGUGAAAUGUACUUCCUGAUGUAACGAACCUAAUUUAAUUUCCAUUUUAAGGUGGUGUCUGUGCAGCUGGUGUCCCCAGUUCUGGCUGUCCUAUGUCCAGGAAGAAGCCCAUUUGUCAAGGCUGAACUUCCUGAUCAUACACACAGCCCAGCAAAAGCCUCUCCUGAACCAAACAGACCUGUUGGUUGGGAGACUGCCCAGACAUGACUGAUGAUGGGUUCCCACCUGCCUGUCCCCACCCUGAUCACACAGCUAACGAGGCUGCCUUCAGCAUUUCCUGAUUUCCUCUGUGGUAAUAAAAGCUUUCUGUGCUU